AGCAAAAUGAGCAGAUGGAAACUUUGCGUCCGCUUUCUCUUCUGCGCGACAACCCUCGUGUUGGGCAAGAGCAGUAGCCCUUCCUCGAAUGUGGGUGCUCGAAACUCGGAGGGUCGCUUCGUCGGCUUCAUGGGCAAAACGAACAGACCGAGCUCUGGUCAGGCGUUUGUCUCUGGAAACGAAGUAGUUGUGCCACGAAAUUUCCACAGCACACCGCAAAGAGAUACGACUCGCGAACUUGGAGGUCAUGUUGAUGCUGGUAUCACGACUGCAGAGAUGAGUGACGCGGUUACUGGGGGCAACGACACGGAAAACAGCCCAGCUGAAGCUCUUGAUGAAUCAGUUGGUCUUGUGUUUAGUCCAACAUGCUCAACAGCGACCCCUAGGAGCAUGCAAGGCCAUUCUCCUGCUGGUGGCAUCGGCGGAAGGACUCCGGAUGGACGCGUGAUUCAAUUUUUUGGGAAAACGAAAGUCGUAGUUCCGCGGCUACGAGGACCUAGCACUUGUACCCAACAAAGUGAAACUUCUGUUGCAGCUACAACAACAAUGGGCACAUCGGAUGGCGAUAAGCAGGAUCAUGGUGGUGAAGAUCAUGUAGCUACAUCUUCUACUUCCAGUACCUAUCGUGAUGUUGCUGGUGGUGGGCUUUUCUUAACAACUGCUGGUCCUCCUGAACAAAACCUACCUUUGGAAAUGGAAGGUCUUGAAGAUCCAGAGGGAGCGGGAUUGGAACUAAUAUCUUCAGAUCCCCAAGAAGGGGAAAAAACGAAAGGCAAGAAGUACGUAUCAGUGAAACACGCAGAAAUUGGGAAAUUUUUGCAUGAAGCAAGCAGUGUGGGACUGGUUAUGCAAGCGUUACCGAAACCAGUUCAAACCCUUCUUCUCGUAACCUUGUCCUACGUUACAGCUAUGGUUCUCUCUGGCUUCGCUCUGGAGGACCAGUGGCGGGCCGUGGAGGCGAGCAGCACCAUUAAUCGAGACGGCAAGACGACUGUCAUUGAAGGCAGAGGAAAUGCGGAACAAGUUCCCGAAAGUGAACUGACGAGACUGAAGCGCGGUAUGCUACCGCACGGUGAGUUUUGUUUUGACCAUGCAGUUUCUUUGUCGUCCUCGUGGCAUCACCUCGUCGAGUUGGACGAGGAUGAUAAGAAAAUCCAGGCUUUUCUGGACGAAAGAGCUACAAACAAGGCCGAUUUCGAUGGUGCCGUUGAAAUUCUGAGUUCGUUGGCUGCGGGUGAAGUUGUGGAGACGUCUACUACUGCUACAUCCAGUGGAGGUUCUCAGCAGCAGGAGCAGCAAAAUACAGCACGAGGACCGGCUCGCAAGAUGAACUCGAACCUCCUCAGCAAACUCAGUUUUACUGCUGCAGAGGAUGCCGUGGAAAAGAUUCGCGAAGAGAGCUGGGAAACGUUUUGGCGCGACAUCUUUCCCGAGGACAAAGUGGCGGCUUUUUUUCAGCGACUUACUCACGAGGCAACAAGGGCUUUGGAGACACAGGCAUCCUCGACCGACUCCGAUAAACAAAAAGGCGAAGGCUCCACUUCCAACACCGAGAAAAAGGAACGUGACUUGGCAUUAUGGUUGGCUUUUUUCUCAUUUCUCAGAGUGGUUAUAUGUUGUCAUCUCUCAGAAGAGCAUGCGCUUCCCUGUAUUCAUUUAAUUCGAAAAAUACAGAGAAGAAUCUAUACCCGAGGCGACCGUAUUGUGUUGGUAAUGAAGAAGUCAAAGUAUUCGUAGAAGGAUUUGAUUAACGUGAGCACCACCGCCACUCUCUAACUACAAAGGCUUCGUUAAGGAUGUUGAGGUCGCUGCCUUGGAUCUUCGAUCAGGAAAAGGCAGGCAGCAUGACAGCCCGAGAUUGGUCCGAGCAAAUACAACCACUGUGGGAGUCCUAUAUGGAUACACUCGCCAAAUUCUCUGACAGGACAAUCAUGGAUGGACAGAAGAAAGAAGAGCAGCGCACGAUGGAACUGAAAGCAGAGGAGCACAUGAUGAAAGACGACGCAGAUAUGUCAAACAGUGACUCACCUGAGGUCGAGCAUGCAGUUGAUGAAGAAGUCGAUGAAGUUGCUUCCUUGGAGAAGGAGUUCAUGAAAUUGAAGCUGACCACCUCGAACGAGUACCGAAUGAUGUACUUCGCUUCAUUGAAAGAACUACUGAAGCCUUUCCCGGACUACCUCUUCUGUCUUUUUUAUGGUUUGGAUUCUGAGUGACAGUGGUACAUGUUAGAACAAAUAUCCCACUUGAUAUUUUUUCGAUUUUGAGGAUAAUCGGUUCGACGAUACUGCCUCUUGAUAUAAUGGACAAAUGUGAUGUUCAUCUUGACGUUAACCCCCCAGUCUGUCCUCCGCACCGUCGUGUUUGAGUCACACUUCGGUGAUGCUGAGCUUCCCCGCUGCUAAUAAUGAGCCUCAAACUUCGGCUUUGGAGUGUACCAAGGGACGAAUCCCAUUCCGGAAGAAGUUCAAGUGCAGAUCGAGGAAAGCAUUCGACAACUACAAAACGAUCCCUCUUUUUUUGGCGAUGUGCAAGCCACAGUUCUCGGUCGUCUGUGGAGGAAUACUUAAGGCCUAAUAAACCAGGAAUGUCAGUACUGUAAGAUGACUUAUUCCGUUCGCGGUUUGUCUCUUAUAGAAUGAGCAGAUUUUGAGUUUUCUGCGGUACACUUUCUUAAUCCUUUCGCGGUUUCUAAAUGUAUUGCACUUACGACUUGCCUCACGGGGUGCAUUGUACUUAUCAUUACUACCCUAGGGUCGGUUUAGGGUCUUUAUUUGCUUAACGAAACGACCUUAAGUACAACAGAUUUGAUUUCUGGCGCAUCGUUGGUCGGCGGCCUACCUCUAAAGUCCGGAGCUGUCGCAGAGUCGCUGGCUCGAUUCGCAAAUUAUCCAGAUACACGCUUCGAAAUUAGAAGGGAUUGAGGGAUUGCAACGGCAAGGUCCGCCUGCCAAGCAGAGACGCGGAACGGACACGGAAGCGCUAUCGCGCUUUGUAGCGAGCAAAAUCUACAACACCUUGAAAUUACGGCUGGGUAGUUUUAUUUAGCGUUCUUGGUCUCUCACGUCCUCUGCCGUGGCGUUUCUUCUCUAGAAUGAAAUUUUAUUUCCUACAAGCACAAAGGAAGGUAGAAAUAACGUCGAUCAUAUUUUCAAACGGCAACACGACCAGAAAACUGCCUCCUUCUAACACGGGGAAUGUACGAAAACCUGAGGUGGCCUAAUUACGACCCGAACCGUCAUGACUUCGAUGCAACCUUCGGAGAUCGAUAUUCGGUGGGAUCCCCUCAAUUCCAGAAAGAAUUAGGCAGACGAGCAGAAGAGCACGCCAUGGAGGUCUAUUUCAAUGUCGUUCUUCCUUUAAGACGAAGAGAAACCACUAAUAAAAAUGAUGCCUACGCUCAAGAGUUGCUUCCUAGAGGUUUUCUCAUACUCAUCUUUCGCAUUGUUCGUGAGCAGGGAUGAUCAUUGAAGCAAGUAUUAUUCAACUUCUAAUAUUUGACCUUGUCCGUAGUUGGCAGCACAACAGCAAUGUAGCCCUCUCUGCAGCAGCUUGGGCUUUGAGAUUGCCCGACUCAGUUUCGCUCGGAAGAUGUGGAUCCCCUUUAGACCUUGUGCGUCCGCGACCCUCCCAAUUUUUGGACGAUGGGGACGUCGUCAAAGGCAUGAUAGAUGGUAUCCUUUCACUUCGUCCUUAAACGAUCUAAAAUUUGUUAAACACUCUUCGCUGAUGCUCCGACCAUUUAGAAUUCACAUCUGUGAGUCGUGGUCGUACAUCAGCGCACAACAGGUGCGGUUUUUCUGGUAUAAUGAAAAGUUACUGCGACUAGGUAUUGCAGGCACACUUUCCACUACUACAAAGGAACAUUCAAGCUUGAUUUUUGAUGGAUAAGAACAACAAUAUCUAUAACAGGGAAGCAGUUGCAAUUGCAUGGAAUGCAGAGGUUUCGACCGUUCUCGAGUAAUAUUUUGUCGCAUUGGCCCACUAUUAAUUCGCACUUUUGGUUCUUCAAGAUCUAUUUUUACGCCUACCCUGAUACCACGCGGAUGCGCCGAUCGCCAGACGACAAGGACAAACCAAUGGUGCUCCUAGCUACUCAAGCAAGUAGAUAAAUAUAUAGAUGAUUCGCACAAAUGGUUUUUACACUGAUUUUCUACGCUGAAGAUUCACGUGUCCUCAUGAAUAUCAUUCUCAUCAUGUAACAGGAAAGGAGCACAUUGAAGUAUUUCGUAACCUCUUAAUCUUAAACACCAGCUUUUCGCGCAUGAUUUUUUGAUCGGCGUGGAAAAUCCGCAGAGUCCGUUUGACGGUAGAGUUUUCAAGUAUUUUGGCACGUAUUUAAUGGGAUUGGGGCAGAAAAACAGAGCCGGCAUUGAAGUCUACGACAAGGAGAAUGCACGUGACCUCUUAUCGCUCUUCCGCACCCCGAUCGAAGAACAUCACUCAAGAGCAGUGUCGGAGCACGCGGAUGAAUAUCAGGAGCACGGCGGAGCAGAACAUAUUGAUUUGGAGGUUAGUGGAGGACAAGUGAAGGAUGGUCUCUUUUUUCGACAAGCGAACGAAGAGAACGAGAACCGUGUGCUCAGCUUCGAGGAAGUAGCACUUCUAGAACUGCAUCAGAACGACCACGAGAAUUACAGAUCUUCCUCUCACGGAGAACGACGACAACAAGCAUUGACAGUCGACGAACGACGACUGCGUGACUACGAAGUGAGACAAACGUGGAAGGGCAAAUGGAAUCGCGAAUUUUUCAAAAGCGAAAUUCCUGAACAGGACUUAGCAGUUUCUGGUAUCGGCUUCCCAAUCAUCGACUCAGUCUACGUCAUGAAAAAAGCUUCCCCUGCGACUGCGUCUUCUGCCGGAACGUGUUCUUCUGCUUCGGGAACAUGUACUUCCUCUUCGGGAUCAGGAGGAAAAUGAGUGGUGCGACUACUUGUAGAACAUCAAGGUAGGGAAGGAACAUGUUGUAGUACAACUACUAGAACAUCAAAGUACGGAUUCCCCUACCAGGGAAGGAAGAUGUAGUACAACAACUAGAAGAACAUCGCUAGAGUAGGUUUCUACGGUAUUCAUGACACGCGAGUUCAAGAGGAGCAAACAUGAUGAUCAAAGUCGACAUGUAGUACGAAUUCCUCGGGAAGUUCUUUCUCGGAGGAAUCAUUUGGAGAAGAGAAAGGAGUUAUUUUAGAGCUACUAGAAGGACGUGACCAAAGGCAACAUAUAGUGCUGUCUUUGGACAGUCCACCUUCUUAAAAAAGUCAUACGAAGUACAAAUUGAUGAACGUGAGGAACGACGACAUCAAAUGAAGAACAGAGAGGGAAGAACUAGAAGCACAAGUACUGUACCACAAUGACUUGUUUCCUUGCCGUUUGAUGCCUUUCGAGUCGAAGUUUUAAGUCGAUCUUUAAGCAGCAGAGUACUUCAUAUCGACUGCAAAUACGACAGCAUUCAUCUGCAGGUGGAUGCCGUGAAAGUCCAUCCGCUUGCUACCACAGACGAAUUAUAAGUGUGGAGAGGGAUUGACAAGCAAGUGCAAAAUUGAGAUAGCUUUACCGGAUGCAGAAGAAUAAACAUCUAACCUGAUGUUUUUAUAAACAUAAGGAUGAACGGGAACUUCUGCUUUAGCAUUUUCAUUUUUUGUUGUACAAAGAUUUGGCGUUUUUGUUUCUGCCCGCGCUGGCGGGUUGUGCCUGGAAAAAAAGUAUGGACCUAGUGUUUCGAGCGGGUAGGAAACAUGAACAGAUUUUUGAAGAUCAGAAACUGAGUCGCAUAUAGAAAUAUGUCGCUUUAAAGAUGAGCCCUGGCGAGUAGAUGAUCAUCUUCAAAUGAUAAUGAGCCACAAGAUUAAACUAAUGACUUCUUCUAUCAGAUGUAAGAAGUGGUGCUUGCCGGCAUACAGCCUAUUUGAGGGAAUCGUGGCUGCUCUUCGUGUCACGAACUGCGAUGUCAGGAGCAUAC